CCAGCGCGCAGCCAAGAUGGAAGAACCCGGGAGCGGCGAGAGAACAAUGUUUUGCAUCUAGGUUUGGGGGGAAAGGGAGCCCCGACGACGCCGAUCCGAGGAGCGGCUUGUAGUGGUCAGGCGCCGGUAAGACACGCCGGCUGGGGUAAGAAAAGGAAAAGGAAAAAAGUCCGGUUCGAAGCGGCUCCGUCUCGGAAAGUUGAAACUUCUCGUGCGGGACAGACAACAAAAGCUGCCCGACCGCGCGCCCGCCGUCUGACCGCCCGCCGUCUGACCCGCCGUCUCCCAGUCACCCACCGCUAGGAUGAGACGGACUGGCGCGCCGUAGAGUUUGCCCGCCAGCAUGAGCAUCAUUCAAGACAAGUUAGGCAACGACUUGCUGCGCCCCAACGGCGGCGUGGUGGAUGCCAACUUUGGGGCGGGCAUGAUCAUGUUCAGCCACCUGCCGCCCGUCACCAGCUUCACCCGGCUGCAUUCCGUGGGGCCGCAGGAGAUGAUCCUGAAGAAGGAGCGGGACUCGCCCGACUGUAGCGGCGGUGGCGGCGGCAGAUUGCCGGGAGCGGGCCACUACGUCCACGCCAUCAAGCAGGAGAAAGUGAGCGAACACGACUACCGCCUGCCGCUCUACCCGGCGGGGCUGCUGGAGGUCGCCGUCGGUCACCACAACCUGCUCGUGCACGACGUCAACGUGGCUGACCUGCCGAGUCCGUUGGGAAAGGAGCCCGUCGGGAGGAAAGGUCGCAGGUCAAACGCUGACGGACAAGAGGGCCGCGCGAGGAAGAAGCGACGCGAGGCACAGCCGUUGCCGGAUGGGGGGGACGGCGUGUCGCCGGGCGCUAAACCUCACGUCUGCCAGCACUGCGGCGCUGCCUUCAGGAGUUCCUAUCAUUUGCGCAGACACGUCCUCAUUCACACGGGUGAGCGGCCGUUUCGAUGCAGCCAGUGUAACAUGAGUUUCAUCCAGAAGUACCUCCUGCAGCGACACGAGAAGAUCCACAGCGGAGAGAAGCCCUUCAGCUGCGACCAGUGCAACAUGCGCUUCAUCCAGAAGUACCACAUGGAGAGACAUAAGCGCACGCACAGCGGCGAGAAGCCCUACAGAUGUGACAAUUGCCAACAGUUUUUUUCCAGGACCGAUCGACUGCUGAAGCACAAGCGCACGUGCGGAGAUGCCUUGAGGAAAGUGCCGGAUCCCGGCGCGCUGGACUUGGCUCGCGUGGACACGGCCAGCUACGGAAUCACUCAGGGAAGCGGCAGAAAAAAAAGCCGCUCCAAAAUGGCCGCCGAGGGAGGCGGCCGAAAGAAGAAAAGGCAGGGGGAGGACGCCGGCUUGAGAGCGCCUCCUCACGUUGUCAACGGAGCCUACGGCGUCCACCAAUACCCGUUGGAGAAUCAAAGCGAGCCGGGUCCCAGCGUGCAACACCACCACGGCCGCGGCCCCAAGAUGGCCUUCAAGAAGGCCCAUCGGAAAAGCGGGAAAGCCGAUUCCGUGGAGCCCGGCGACGAUCUCACGCAGACAAACGGAAAAGCGGGCAACUACGACGACGCCGUGCAGUUCCUGAAAAAGCGCCGCUACUUCCAAAACGUCACGUCGUCAACCAGCGAGUACGACCUGCUGUCCCCGCACCCCGCCGCGCUCCUUCAGAUGACGGACGCCGACUCGGGCCUGGACAAGUCCUGCAUUCCCGACGAGGUUCUGCAGAGCCUGCUGGAGCAGUACACCAACAAACCCGACGCCUCGCAGCAGCACCACCACCACCACCACGACAUCCAUUUCGAUCUGGGCGAGCCGCACGUGGAAGCGCUCCAGCCGGCCCCGGACGCCGGCGACAAGGGCGUGGUGACAAACGAGUAUUCGCGCUUCCUUCUGCAGGCUUUGGAGCGCAGCAACCACAGCGCCGGCUUCCCCCCCCCUUACGGAACUUUCCUCUACUCGGAGUGCGGCUUUGGGCCGUCCUCGCCUCAGUCCGCCUUCCACCUCCUGGACCAGCACCACCAGCUCACCCCCUCACAGGAGCUAAACGCCUCUGCCAGCAAGAGCGCAACGGUAGGCGCGUUCCCGCCGCCGCCGCCCUCCUCCAAAGCCAGCCCCUACCAGAUAGAAAACUUUGCGCAGGCUUUCGGAUCGCAAUUCAAGUCGGAAGAACCGAUAAGGACGCCCGUGUCCGACUUCUCAGGGUACAGCGGCUUGUUGGCCGACGCGGGCGAGCCGCCGAGCCCCGCCGCCGCCGUCGCCUCCAAAGCGCCGAGCAGCCAAAGCUUCAGAUGAGACCACAAAGGUCAAAGUUAGUUUUGGACUGAUUGUGAUGCCGCUCCUCGUUCCCCACCGUUAAUUUCCUUGAUAUUGAUUUUCCUUUUUAUUUAUGAAUUACAACCGUUUCAGAAAGUGUCGUAUUGUUUUUGCCACGAUACUAAUAUUAUGAUAUUGUGAUAUUUUCCACCAGUUAGCUGAAAUAGCUAGUAUGUAGCGAUAUAGCCCAGGAUUGGUCAUGCAAAAAAAAAAGAACUACUCAGGAAACAAGAAGUUGCUGACAUGAUGAAUGAGUGUGAACACUGAAAACACUUUCUCUUUGGCAAUAUAGAGAUUAUGCAGUCUUUUCUUGACCAUGCUUGUGUAUAUGAUCUAUCAAUAUAUAUUUAUAAGAAUAUAUAUAUAUAUAUAUAUAUUAUGAUACAGAUUUAAUCACGGUGGCCAUCAAGGAAGAACAAGGGUCGUUUAGGGCAAAAAACGUCAUUGGAAUAAAAAUAAAAUAAAACGUUUGUUGACCAGUAGGGGUUGCUAGUGGACAGCAAUAGGAAAAGCGCUUCACUUUUUUUUUUCUUCUCUUCAACGUUUCCCUGGCUCGCUGGCUCUCCCUCCCUCCCUUUCUUUCCUUUCCAUUUGCCAUGUGUGUGCAAAUGUGUAUAAUAAGGGCAACAACAAAAUGGUAAUGAGAGCCAAGAUGUGAUUUGGAUUGAGCGGAGUGAAUGCCAAAUAAAUUCCCAUCUUGUAGUGACAAUGAGACUUUUAAUACGGUGCCAUAGAUCUUUCUUGAAAUCUCAUCUCCAUAAAGUGUUAACGCCCUUGUUAUAUAUAUCUAUCUAUCCCCUCCUCUUAUUCAAAUUGUGGUUUUAUUCUUGUAUAGUAGUUAUCCCUUCAACAUUUGGCCUUCUUCUUGACUUUUUUCAUACUUUCCUGGCAGACUUUGGUGUACGGAUUGACACGAUGAGUUGUGGCCCUCAUCCUCAACAUUUCUUGCAAGGAAUCCAUUGAGCACUUUGAUCCCUUUUGCAUUAGGUCAAACUUUUUUCUUCGUUAGAGCCUUACGCUGUGCUGUAUGUGUGUGUGUGUGUGUGGGGGGGGGGGGGGGGGGUCUCCAUGCGUGUGUGUCCAUGUGUGUGUGUCCCAUCCGUCCCUCACAUUGUUGUUAGUUAGGCCAUUUGCUCUGCUGAUUAUUUGGUGUUUGUGAAUGAGUCAUUCAAUUGAGUGACAAAAAUGUUAGCUUAGUCCAGAUAGGAUAAUUAAUUGCCUUGCUUAGUAAAUAUUAGGCGUCAUUUGUAAAUGUAUUUAUGCUUGUUUUUUUUCAUUAUUGUAAAAUGUCUUCCAUUGAUUGAUAUCUGCUGAAAAUUUGCCUCAUAUACCUCAUAUGGAUAUCAAAUAUAUCAUGAGAUGCGGGGAUAGCACAUCUCGCUGUUUACAAGCCUUUAUUUUAAAACUACAUAUUAAAACUAUUUUUCUGAGUUUAUUUUACAACC